CAUGGUCCUGGUGUGUCUUAUCUUCAGUGUCCUGUCCACCAUAGAACAAUAUGCAGACUUUGCUACUGGAACUCUCUUCUGGAUGAUUUAAUAGUGGUCAUUGCCUCCAUCAUUGUGCUCGGUGUUGGGUCGAAUGGCCAGGUGUUUGCCACGUCAGCCAUCAGAGGGAUCCGUUUCCUCCAGAUCUUGCGGAUGCUGCAUGUGGAUCGUCAGGGAGGGACGUGGAGACUCCUGGGAUCUGUCGUUUUUAUCCACCGACAGGAGCUGAUCACCACCCUGUACAUUGGCUUUCUGGGUCUGAUCUUUUCCUCCUACUUUGUCUACUUGGCUGAGAAAGAUGCUGUUGAUGAGGAGGGCAAGACGGGCUUCUCCAGCUACGCAGAUGCCCUGUGGUGGGGCGUGACACUCUGGAGAUGCUAUGCAGCAGAGAAACCAAACGGCUGCGCUGCUACUUGGAAAAUGUAUGUCCUAACUGCAGAGGGUGUGGCAGCUGCACAAGCAGACAACUGCAGUCCCAGCAUCAGGAAGCUCAACAUAGCGAAAAAGGGAACCAAGAGAAGGUUGAAGUCCAAAGGCAUCGGUUCGAUGGGCGUGGCCUCAGAGAGAGCAGUAUCGAUUCCACAGAUCACGUACGAUCACAUCGACGAUUCAGAGGAAAAGAAGGACGCCUCAUUUUUCCUCGAAGAGCCAAGGGGAACUGCUGAAGGAAUUUCCAGAACGUUCAGAAAAACAGGCCCUCCUCAUCACUCUUGGUCAUCCUUCAAUCUGACCUGCCCUCCUUCUCCAGUAAAACUGAGUAACGAUCAAAGCACAUCUAUAGACAUCUCCCGCGCCAACAGCCUGACUGAUGAUCUGGACGACAUGAGUGAGGAUAUUCCUCUGCCUGUGGUGACUGACAAGAACCA